AUGUCGAAUUAUCAAGAUGAGCCUUUAAAGCCUUCUCGAUAUGCAUUCAUUCGUUGGUUUGGGUUUGAUCAGUUUAUUCCAGAGCAAGCAGUUACUUCCUACUGGGUAUCUGCAAAAGUAUUUUUUACAAUUCGUUUUGUGUGUGCCCUUUAUUCAACGAUUGUCUUUUGGACGUCUUUGGGAAAUUCUAUCAGUAACGGUGAAGGUCAAAAAUUCUUCACAGCAUUCACAAAUUUGACCUUUGUAGGACUUCAUUCUUAUCUUGUGUACCGUAGUGACAAACAAGUACGAAAAUAUGAUAGAAGCAAUGAAGAUCGACAGACAUGCGUUGCUCACUAUUUCUUUUUUCCUUCUUUUAUGCUCAGCAUAGUAACACCAGUUGUAUUCUGGUCAUUGUUGGCAAGGGGUGCAACAACUGCUGGUAGAAUGAGCACUUGGUUGAAUGUGUCAGUACACGGUGUAUCAUUUUUCUUGAUGUUGUUUGAUGUUAUAUUUAAUCGGAUGAAAUUACCGAUACGCUUGAUCGUAUUUGUUCUUUUGACUGUAUUAUUUUACAUGUUUCUAACGUUCAUCAUUCAUGCCACUGCUGGAUUUUGGGUAUACCCUUUCUUGGAUUGGCAACAAGGACCUAAAGCGGCGAUUUGGUACUUUGUGGUAGCCAUUGUUGUUGUUGUGUCUUUCUUUAUUAUGAAAAUAGUCCAUUCAAUACGUGACUAUAUUGCUUUGAAGACCGGUAAAAUAGAUGUCGUUACAUCUCCAGACGCUACAGAGAAAGUGCAGGAUAAUACUAACAUCAUAAUUCAUGAAAACACACAAAAAUCGAAUACCAAUUAUGUUUAA